CAGACUCAAGUCAUGGCACACAACAUCCUCAUCUUGUUCUUAUUCUACCUCCAUGCUAUAACCUUAACUUGCAGUUCUGAAGGCAAUGAAAAAUCUCCUAAAUUCUCAGCCAUUUUAGUUUUCGGAGACUCUACAGUGGACACAGGAAACAACGGCCACAUUCCGACGCUCUUCCGUAGCAACCACCACCCCUACGGCCGAGAUUUAUCCAGUCACAAGGCCUCCGGGAGGUUCUCCAAUGGUCGUCUUGUCCCUGACUUUCUGUCGUCUGCACUUGGUCUAAAUGACCAUUUACCGCCUUUUCUGGACCCAGACUUGACAACCAAUGAUCUUCAUACCGGUGUCAGUUUCGCGUCAGCCGGUUCAGGUUUGGAUGACGUGACAUCAGCCCUGUCAAGAACAAUGACAACGGCUAAACAAGUAAAGAUGUUUGAAUCAUACAUUGAUAAUCUUAAAAAGAUUGCAGGUGAUGCAGAGGCCAGCAACAUUAUUUCCAAUUCUUUGAUAGUUACUAGUGCAGGUACUAAUGACAUGAUCUUAAACUUCUAUGACAUACCAACAAGAAAGUUUGAAUUCAACAUUACUGAGUAUCAGGACUUUCUUCUCCAAAAGUUGCAUGACAUUAUCAUGGAUAUAUAUAAACUUGGAGGAAGGAAGUUCCUAAUAGCAGGACUUCCUCCAAUUGGUUGUAUUCCAGUGCAAAUGACUGUGAAAUUUAAGCGUCAAUCAGAACGUGUUUGCAUUGAUGAACAGAACAUAGAUGCCUCCAUUUAUAACUCCAAACUCCAAGCUCUUCUUCCCCAGUUACAACAGAUUCUUCCUGGAAGCUUGUUUGUUUAUCAAGAUUUGUUUGAUGAACUGAUGAAGAUCUUGAAGGAACCUGAGAAAUAUGGUUUCAAGGAGACAAAGAAAGGGUGCUGUGGAACAGGAUUGUUUGAGAUUGGACCUCUUUGUAACACCAUGACCUCCCUUUGUGAUGAUGUAUCUAGUUAUGUGUUCUUUGAUGCUAUUCAUCCCACUGAAAGGGUUUAUGGGCAAAUUACACAAUACAUGAUGGAACAUGCAAUUCCACUGUUUGGGGAAUAAGAUGUAUUAUUGAAUAAUAUAUAUAUAUAUAUAUAUAUCUUUUAUUAUGAUA